AUGCUCUCCGGGGCGCCGCCGCCGCCGCCCGCCGGCUUCCCCAGCCCGCCGCCGCCUCAGCCGCCGCCGCCGCCGCCGCCCGCCGCUCCCCAGCACGGGCCGCCGCCGCCGCCGCCGCCGCCGUUCCUGCCGGGGAAGGGCGGCCUGCAGAUCCGGAAGAAUGCCAUCACGGACGACUACAAGGUCACCACGCAAGUGCUGGGGCUCGGCAUCAACGGGAAAGUUUUGGAGAUCUUCAGCAAGAAGAGCGGCGAGAAGUUCGCGCUCAAGAUGCUGCAGGACUGCCCCAAGGCCCGCAGGGAAGUGGAGCUGCACUGGCGGGCGUCGCAGUGCGCGCACAUCGUCCGCAUCAUGGACGUCUACGAGAACCUCUACCAGGGGAGGAAGUGUCUGCUCAUCGUCAUGGAGUGCUUGGAUGGUGGGGAGCUCUUCAGCCGGAUUCAAGACAGGGGAGACCAGGCCUUCACAGAACGGGAGGCUUCAGAGAUCAUGAAGAGCAUUGGGGAAGCCAUCCAGUACCUGCACUCGAUCAACAUCGCUCACCGGGACGUGAAGCCGGAAAACCUCUUGUACACCUCCAAAAGGCCCAAUGCUGUGCUAAAGCUCACAGACUUCGGCUUUGCCAAGGAAACCACCACGCACAACUCCUUGGCCACUCCGUGCUACACGCCGUACUACGUGGCCCCGGAGGUGCUGGGCCCAGAGAAGUACGACAAGUCCUGUGACAUGUGGUCCCUCGGUGUCAUCAUGUACAUUCUGCUGUGUGGGUACCCCCCCUUCUACUCCAACCACGGCCUGGCCAUCUCUCCCGGCAUGAAGAAGCGAAUCCGAAUGGGCCAGUACGAGUUUCCCAAUCCUGAAUGGUCUGAAGUGUCAGAGGAAGUGAAGCAGCUGAUCCGCAACCUGCUGAAGACGGACCCGACCCAGCGCAUGACGAUAACGGAGUUCAUGAACCACCCCUGGAUCAUGCAAUCCAUGCAGGUGCCCCAGACCCCGCUGCACACCAGCCGGGUGCUGAAAGAGGAGAAGGAUCUGUGGGAGGAUGUGAAGGAGGAGAUGACAAGCGCCCUGGCCACCAUGAGAGUGGACUACGAACAAAUCAAGAUCAAGAAAAUCGAAGAUUCCUCAAACCCUUUGCUGAUGAAGAGGAGGAAGAAAGCCAACCCCACCGAGCCUGCCGCACUCCCCCACUGAGGGUGCCCCGCCAGCCCUCGAGAAAGCAAUAACUAUAUAUAUAUAUUUUUUAAGAAAGAAAAACAGAAAAAAAAAGACGAAACAGACUGUUAUAUCAAGCGCAUGGAAUCCAGACAUUUAUACCAGACUAGUUAUUUUUAGCUACUCACCUGUGUUUCUGACCUUUCUGGAGCAGGUGGUAAGAUCCCCAUCCGAUCCACUCCUGCGGCCCGGGAUUUUGUCCUGUAGGUGAACGCCGCCGAUUAAUUGGAUUUUUAUUUUUCUUUCGUGAGACAGUUUUGAUUUAUAUUUCUUUUUUUCUUUUUUUUUUUUUUUUCCCCUUCCUUCCUUCCUUCCUUCCAAAGACACGGAAACUCCUGUGGUGACCUUUUUAGGGUAUAUAACGUAUAAAUAUUUUUUAAAA